AUGGCAAGCGAUGCGAUAUUCAGCCUCUUCUCGGAUCCCCAGCGCGACAACGUUCAGCACGAAAACGUUCAGCACGAAAACGUUCAGCACGAAAACGUUCAGCACGACAACGUUCAGCGCGACAACAUUCAGCUCGAUAGUGCUACAGCUGACCAUGAGAGGACAAUUUUCAACCCGAUGGCAAGCGAUGCGAUAUUCAGCCUCUUCUCGGAUCCCCAGCGCGACAACGUUCAGUACGAAAACGUUCAGCACGAAAACGUUCAGCACGACAACGUUCAGCGCGACAACAUUCAGCUCGAUAGUGCUACAGCUGACCAUGAGAGGACAAUUUUCAACCCGAUGACAAGCGAUGCGAUAUUCAGCCUCUUCUCGGAUCCCCAGCUCAACAAUGUUCAGCUUGAUAGUACUACAGCUGACCAUGGGACGACAAUUUUCAACCCGAUGGCAAGCGAUGCGAUAUUCAGUCUCUUCUCGGAUCCCCAGCGCGACAACAUUCAGCUCGAUAGUACUACGGCUGACCAUGAGAGGACAAUUUUCAACCCGAUGGCAAGCGAUGCGGUAUUCAGCCUCUUCUCGGAUCCCCAGCACAACGUUCAGCUCGACAAUGUUCAACGCGACAACGUUCAGCGCGACAACGUUCAGCUCGACAACGUUCAGCUCGAUAGUACUUCAGCCGAGCAUGAGAGGACAAUUUUCAACCCGAUGGCAAGCGAUGCGGUAUUCAGCCUCUUCUCGGAUCCCCAGCUCGACAAUGUUCAGCUCGACAACGUUGCAGAGACCGACCAAAAGGGGACUCGUUACAACCAGUCACCGAGCGAUGCGUUGUGCAGACCGUUUUCCAAUUCCCCGCUCUAUAGCAACACGGCGCAAGUUGGCUUCAAUUCGACCGAAUUCGACAGUGCAACGAGUGAAGUUUUCUAG